AUGUACCAACCUGACUUUUAGUCUGAGCAAUCCAUCCGACCUGAGGUUCAGAUCCCUCACUCGUGUCGGUUUGGCACGUGUAGAGACGCGUGUCGGCUUAGCAAACCUCGACUGGUGUGGACUUUGUGAUUGAACGUUGACUGAUCCUCUUCGUCUCCGUCGCCGUAGGUGCCGUCCGCGUGCCAUAGAUUCUCUCUCUCUCUGACCUAACCGAACUUCACCAACCAAAAUAAAAACCUGUCCAUCUCCUUCUCUUGAAAACUCUCUGGUGGAUCUCCUGGUAAUCCAAACCGUCCAUCUGGUGGAGCCUAUCUCUUUCUCCUCUUGAAAAUAUAGAAUACUUCCCACCAACCCACAGCCUGUGUACAAAAGAGUAAAAUUAAAGAAGAAAUAAAGAAAGGAAAAACAACAACCAAACAUGGCAGCAGCUGCAGCCACCAGCUUCAACCUUAUUUCCACCGGCCGUUUCGGCUUCUCUACAGUAAAUCACCACCGUCCAUCUUGCCCCAUCUUCUCCACCUCCCACCCUUCAUCAUCCACCGUCUCCUCUUCCUCUCUCACAUGGUCUUUGAAUCGUCGCCGAAGGCCGGCAAUUAUUGUUCUUUCCGGUGGUGGUGGGAACGUUGGCAAUGGCGGAAAUGAUGGAAGCAGCGGCGGUGGCGGUGGAGGAGGAGAUGAUGCUAGUGAUAAGAACCGGACGGAGGCGAUCCUGGCCCUUGCAGAGAUCGGACGGUCUCUGGAUACGCUGCCUUCUGAUUUGGCAUCAGCGAUCCAGGCAGGGAGGAUCCCAGGUUCGAUCGUGCACCGAUUUGCGGAGAUGGAGAAAAUGCCAGUCUUGGGGUGGCUGCUUCGAUUCGGGGGAUUUAAGGAGCGUCUUUUGGCCGAUGAUCUCUUCUUGGCGAAAGUUGCCAUGGAAUGUGGCGUCGGCAUCUUCACUAAGACUGCUGCUGAAUGGGAACGUCGUAGAGAGAAUUUUUUCAAAGAGCUCGAUUUUGUUUUCGCUGAUGUGGUGAUGGCCAUAAUUGCAGACUUUAUGCUUGUUUGGCUUCCCGCACCCACUGUUUCUCUACGACCAGCACUUGCAGUCAGUGCUGGACCCAUUGCUAAAUUUUUCUACGGCUGCCCUGACAAUGCAUUUCAGGUUGCUUUGGCUGGAACGUCCUACUCAUUUUUACAGAGAAUAGGUGCAAUAGUGCGUAAUGGGUCAAAGCUUUUCGUGGUUGGAACAAGUGCAUCUCUGGUUGGUACAGGUAUAACAAAUGCCCUAAUUAAUGCAAGAAAGGCAAUUGACAAGAAUUUUGCUGGCGAAGCAGAGGACGUACCUAUAUUAUCAACCAGUGUUGCCUAUGGUGUCUAUAUGGCGGUUUCUAGCAACCUUAGGUAUCAAAUACUGGCUGGUGUGGUGGAACAGCGAAUUUUGGAACCCUUAUUACACCAACACAAGAUCAUACUGAGUGCACUGUGCUUCACUGUUAGAACAGGCAACACAUUCUUGGGAUCAUUAAUGUGGGUGGACUAUGCUCGCUGGAUUGGAAUACAAAAGAUUCGUGAGUAGAAGGUGUGGAUUACAUGGAGAAGAGAAUUAUAUGAUCCUUGAGUCGAAGAUAUCCAGAAUCCUCAAGCCUUGAGUUGGGAGGUGUGGACCCACAACUUGGUUAUAUAGACCGUUGAUAUGAUGCGUUCUAACAUGGUGUUGCGGCCCCAAAAUUUCCCAGAUUGGAAGCUUAUACCAAUCCAACCUUUCUUUUCUUUUCUAUUGAAUGUGGAACUUGCUGUACUCUCCUCUUAGCUUCAAUUUCAGGCCGCCCAUGGAAGUGUCAGGAUGGUGAAAUCAGGGGGAUUUUUGUUGAAUCUCCUAAUCCAAGUUGGGGGCCAUCAGAUUGACAGGCUGGAUCACCAAACCAAGGGCCCCACUUGUUCAAACUUAAAUCUUGAGGGUACUGUGCAUAUCCUCGACUCAAGGUUCAUAUAAUUCAUCUUAGAUGGAUGCAUUACAAAUCUGAUUUUUCCAUGGUCUAGAAGUCUGCUGAAAUUUGAUGAUGAAGAGUUGAAGCCCAUUGGUGCUUUCUAUUUCAUUGUUUUAUUUCAAUGUUCCCAAUCUAUGGGCACAGGACGGCAUGAUCGCCGCAGGAUCUCUUUUGACUUUUGACUUGCUUUCCUUAAAUUCCUCCCAUCAUAAACACAAUCCCAAACAUCCCCGGGGAUUGUCUUUUAGCUGAA